GCCAAGCGGCGGAGGGCGCUCGGCGGCCCCGGCGCGAUGAGGGGCCCGGGCGCGUCCCCCGGCCCGCGCGGCCUCGGCAGCGCCGGCACCCCCGGGCUCGGGCCCUGGCCCGGCAACGACGAUGAGAGCGAGAGGCGGCAGCGGCGCCGGUCCAGGGCCACCGACCUCCAGCGGGCGGGAACCGAGUCGCCGUUCCGCAGGGACUCGCCCGCCCCGCGGCCUGGGGAGUCAUGGCUGCCAAGCCUUCCGCAGUGGAGCAACUCCCAGAUCGCAGACCACUACAGCACCUGCAUCAAGCUCUCCACCGAGAACAAAAUCACCACGAAGAAUGCCUUUGGCUUACAUCUGAUAGACUAUAUGACCGAGAUCCUGAAGCAGAAGGACUCAGAAAUAACCAACUUCAAGGUAGCAGCUGGCACACUUGAUGCCAGCGCAAAGAUUUAUGCCGUGCGCGUGGAUGCAGUGCACUCAGACACCUACAAAGUUCUUGGAGGCCUGGGCAAGGAUUCAGCACCUGCGAAAAACAUGGACAGCCCAGAAGGAGAAGACAGUCCAGCUGCUAAGGUUGUCAAGAAAGUUCAGACAAAGAGAAAGCACUUAUCCAAAACCGUUGAACAGAACUUGAAUAACAUCAACGUGUCAGAGGCUAAUCGCAGAUGUGAGAUCGAUCCGAUGUUCCAGAAAACAGCUGCGUCUUUUGAUGAAUGCAGCACAGCUGGCAUUUUCCUCACCGGGCUGCGAACCCAAAGCUACCAGAAUGAGCUCCUCUUUGACACGAAGAUCAUGCCUCUCCCUUCUUCAGAGACUCUCACGCUGCCCAACUGUGAUCCUGUGAAAGUGGUGGAUUUAAAGUCCUUGUUAGAGCAGUGCAUUGAAAAACGCCCCGUCUGCUCCUCCCUGGCAGGUUUCCAGUUUACAAAGUGGGAUGCUGAAUCCCAUGAUGAGUCAGUGUCAGCCCUGUUGGAGAAAUUUAAGAAGAGUGGCCAAGUGUUCGACAUCAAUGCAGAAGUAGACAGCGACGUGGAAGACUGUGCUCCCAGCCUACCAGAUGAUGACUUCAAUUCUGACUCCCUCAAGGGUACAGUAACAGAGAAGAUUGGGGAGUUCACGGACAACAUCAACUCCUUUGAAACAGUCCACCAGAGCAAGGCAGCUGGUGUGGUUCCUUUUGGAGAGGGAGACAUUGGGACCAUGUGCCUUCAUCUCUCCAAGACACCGAGGGAAUACUCCUACUUCAGUCCCCGAACUCUGUCCAUGUGGGGUGGCCCAGAGCACUGGCGUUUCAAACCCCGACACAAAUAUGCUCAAUCUGAAAAAGAGACCAAGAAAGGGAAUGCAAAGAAAGCGUUUGAGAUUAACUUUGAUGAGGAUAUUGAAUUCCAGGUGUAUUUCCGUAAGACCAAGGCAUCACUCCUUCUAGCCAAAUCCAUUCUGGAAAGCCAGAAUGUGAAGAGCACCACACUUCCCACAGACUUCAACUAUGACUUCAACAACAUUCUCCAGCUCUUCCUCAAACCAACUGUUAAGUUCUGCAGGACGUCUGAGCCAAACAGCGCUUUGGAUCACGAUGAUGAGAUUGACGAGUAUGAUUACAACAACCCCAACGACACCUCCAAUUUCUGCCCUGGGCUGCAGGCUGCAGACAGUGAAGAUAAUGACCCCAUUCCAUUCGUGAACCAGAUGGGGGAGUUCAACCUUACCGCCCACCCUGAGGGUCAAGAAACUGAGCUCAACGGGGUUCUCGGUGCUGUCGAUAUCACAGCGUACGGAGAGCUGAACCUCAUUGCUGAGCCCCAGAAGGUCAAUAAAAUAGCGAUUCAGUACGCAAAGACGGCCAAGAAAAUGGACAUGAGGAGGUUAAAGAAAAACAUGUGGGACCUCUUAUGUGAUGGACAGAAGACAGAAACAGUGGCAGAGGUGGAAGAUGCAGAGGAGGAGGACAAAUCAGUGGUAGUAGGAGAGAAAGUCUUCAGCAGCAUCACAAAGGAACUGUUUCACAGUUUGCCUUCUGUGAUUGCCAGCAAUCUCUCUGUCCCCUUAGCCUUCACCUGCCUUUUGCAUUUGGCGAAUGAGAAGAAUCUAAAGCUGGAAGGCACAAAGGACCUGUCUGAUGUCCUAGUGAAACAAGGAGACUGAGCCUCAUGUGAAGCAGAGCACUGGGGCUGACCCGCAGGACAGAGCUCAGCUGACCACCACACGCUCUGGACUGUCUCAUCAAAGGCAGAUGUUUCUCCUCCCAGCACCACUGCUGAGAAAUGCCACCCAUCUCUGCACCUUAGGAAGACUUCUAAAUCAAGGAUGUCCUCCCUAAACAUAGGACCUGUACAGUUGGAUGGUCGCAGCUCCGCCUGCCAGGCUCCUGCCAUCCUUGAUCCAUCAGCUCUUUCCUGGAUCUGAGUAAUGGAGUUCCUUCACCUCACUGUGAACCGCAAGAGGCUCCUCUGUGCGCCUCUCGCUGUUUCAUUCCCAGGACAUGGACUGACUGUUACUCCCAUCUCCUGUAGCCUUGUACAUCCUCUGAAAUUAUUUACCUUUUAUACUGAGCUUAGAGAUAAUAAAUUGCUACAGACUUCGUAUAUGCACCUUUGAGAUGGGGAAGAAGGAUUUUCCAAGCAAGGAGAGAGGUUAAAAUAACACGAGUGUUGGUGGGCACCAACAGCAAGGUGGCUCCCUAAAGAAAAGUGAGCCAGGAAUCCUGAGGGAUUGCACCAUUCAAGUUCUACGGUGCCUGAACGAUGGGAACAGGGCCAGGCCAGAGGUGGUGGCCGUGUUCAGACAAGAGAUAAGAUCAUCAAACAAGUUCAAACAAGUUCACGGUGCUGAAGCAGAUCUGAGAUCAAGCUGGGAAGCUGGUUUAUGUGUCAGGACUGGGUCUGA